AACACUCUGCAGUCCCAGCGUUCAUUCACAUCCAUGCUUUCGAUGAUAUUGUUGAAAAUAGCAUCUUGAAAGAAUAGGGCUUGUAUACCGAAAAUAAAUUAGCACAGACAUCAAAUGUUUCGAGUGCCAAACUUAAGAGAGGGCCCUCUCCGUCCCCGUGUGAUCAGGCUUUAAGUAGGAAAAAAUAGCACCACGCAGUCGAUACUCCCAUCAAAACCGCCGGCUACUCCACUAUUUCGUUCUUUCAAGGCUUCUGACAAGCUGAGCAUGGCACCAGGCAGAAUUUGGGUGAGACCUCGUACCCACAUAUAUUGCGACAAUUACAAUUUCGGAAGUAAUCUUUACUCGGAAGCCUUGGAAGCUCUAAACAAGAAAUAUUUCCCACACUUUUCAUCAGACCUAGUGAUUACAGAGAAGAAAUCAAAAGGAGUGGUAAGAAAUGGUCAGUUCUUGGAACCACCAGCUUCAGAAAACGACUUGUUCUUCUCAGAGGACGAACGGACUGGGCACACUUCAAGCCUGCAGCGAUCUUCGACGACCAUUUUCAACCAGCCUGAAGUGAGUCCUUUACCACCUUAUCCUACGUCUGAUGUUAGCUGUAUAGAACAAGAUGUGACAAAACGACAUCAGAUGCAAGAAAAACAUGGAAAAAGACGACAAGCCCGAUCAUUUCACGAAGUCCAUCUUCGAUAUUUGGAAGAUCGGCAUGAAGCACUUCAAUAUCAAUUUGAACAGGAAGAAAGAGAGAGGGAGGAACAGGAACGGAACAAGAGAGCAGCUUUACCUGUGUUUCUGGAGAAAGAUGUCCUCCAACGUUUUCCACAGACAAAUUUGCACAAUUUAAAAAUUACGGCAGAAGAAGAACUGGCGGAAAUUCCAAAUGAAAGAUGCAACCAGAUGAAGAUUGAGCAGUUAACCAAGCGGCUGGAAGAAACAGAAUCAAAGAUAAAGACAGAGGUGGCUCGAGUCAAGAAGCAAUACCAGCUUCAGGUCACCGAACUUGAGAUGUCGCUGGACUCUGCAAACAAACAUAAUAUCGACUUGCAGAAAACUACCAAGAAGCAGAAUCUGCAAAUCACAGUACGUUUAAAAUAA